AUGACAAGUACACCAAAAAAGUUAAAGCCCUCAUUUAGGUCUUUUGAAAAUAGUGAAUGUAAAUCGAGUGAUGUUGAUGAUGACGAUGAUGUAGAAGGCGGUAAUUUAGUGGCGAUUACAAAUGAAUCAUUUGUGGCUUUUAAACAAAACGAGAUUGGUAUACAAUGUGAAUUAGGUAGUGAAGUAUUAAAAAGUCACCAUGAUUUAUCAUUAAAUUUAUCACUUGAUGAGUUUUCAACUUCGGAGGAUGAAAGUUUUGAAGUUUAUGAUGAGGACGUCGAAGUACUUCAAACUGGAAAAAAUGCCAUAAGGAAAUCUAAAGAAAUAGAAAACGAUUCGUGUUACAUUGUUUUCUGGGAAUCUCUGUCAAUUUUAUUUACACGUUGUCAUUACUGUAAUGCUAAAGUGGAAAAUAUUCAUAAUUAUACCAAGGGAGCAAUGUUGGCCGUACAAACUAUACGUGAAAAUAGACAUAUUUUCAAAUGGACGUCUCAGCCAUUAUCUGAUAAACGACUUGUAGGAAACAUUUUAAUGGGAGCUGCUUUAACGUUAUCCGGUGUAUUAUUUAAUCAAAUGAAAACAUUUUGUUCGUCUUUAAAACUUUCAUUUUUUUCAAGAACAGUUUAUGAUAAAAUCAUUAACAACUAUACAGCUCCUGUAGUAAAACUAAUUUGGGAUCAACACAGACAAAAUAAUAUAAGCGAACUAAAAAUGGGUACAAGUAUUUGGUUAACUGGUGAUGGUCAAUUUGACUCCCCCGGUUUUUGUGCCAAAUACUGCACGUACUCAGUCAUGGAUGUUCGAAGCUCCAAAAUAAUAGAUUUUAAAAUUACUCAAAAAGGAAUGGUUCAGGGUGACUUAGAAAAAAAAGCAUGCGAAUUACUACUCCAAGAACUUGAAAAAAACGACGAAUGUAACAUCAAUGUAUUUUUGACAGAUCGAAGGGAAUUCGUUGUUAUAUUCGAACACAUCAUCCGAAUAUCGAACAUGAGUUCGAUGUUUGGCACUUAUCAAAAAGUUUGA